AUGUUGUUCGCCAUCGUACCAUCCAGCUACAUCCUAAACGGGACCUUCGCUGGUUACAACAUCCCGGAAAACUCUCCGUACAACAUCGGGAUGACGGAAGGGGCACGGACCAACUCAUACUGGUACCCGGACGCCUUUGGAUAUGAUUACUCGGUCUACGAUUACCCAGGCAGCAUUCAAGUGCCUACUGUCAACGCCUACGAGCCCGUCAACAAAUUCUCUGGCCCUGGAGCUGGCAUCCUCCCCUGA